AGUUAGCGGGGUGGCAGCUCUGGUCCGCAGGCUUUUCCGAAAUCGCCGUUUAACCGAAAAGUUUUAAAAUGUUUAAUUAAACGCGAGUAAAACGAACAAACAAUGAAUAAAACCCUGUGAAACGGGCGGCGGGGAAACGAUGUGCGAGUGAAAACUGCGGCAAAGACGGCAGCAGAAAGAGACACAGAGCGUAAAUAAAGGAAGACAGUUGAGAAAAUCGAUUUUUCAGUGCAGGAUGCUGAAAUUCUGAAUAGACUUUGAAAUUGUAGAGAAGAAACCCCCAAAAUGCCGGAGAACCUGGAGCUGCAGCAGUUCCAGGAGGGCGCCCCGCCCCCAGAUCCCGCCCCCCGUUGGCUGGAGCGCCUGCAGCGGAGAUUGGGCGCCGAUUGUCCCUAUUUGGGCAUCCUACUGGCCACGCUCUCUUCGCUUUUCUUCUCCCUGUGCUCGGUGAUUGUCAAGGGACUGGUGGACGUGAAUCCCAUGGAGCUGGCCUCGUUCCGCUUCGUGGGAGUCCUGCUGCCGGCACUUCCCAUCCUGAUUUACACCCGACAGCCGGUGUUUCCGGAGGGCAAAAGGGUGAUCCUCCUGCUGCGAUGCUUCAUGGGCACCACGGGUCUGAUGCUCAGCUUCUACGCCUUCCGGCACAUGCCACUGGCCGAUGCGAGUGUCAUCAUCUUUUCCACGCCCGUUUUUGUGGCCAUCUUCGCACGGGCCUUCCUCAAGGAACCGUGCACGCUCUUCAAUGUCCUGACCAUCAACAUGACUCUAAUUGGAGUGGUCCUGAUCACACGGCCACCCUUUGUGUUCGGUGACUCCGGAGAGAGGGAGGAUCUCGCUGGAAAGACGUAUGACAUCUGGGGACCCGUGGCAGCCAUCUCAUCCACGCUGUUCGGAGCCAAUGUGUACAUCCUGCUGCGUGCCCUUAAGAACCUGCACUUCUCCGUUAUCAUGACGAACUUUGGAACCGUCGCUCUGGUCUACACCCUGAUCGUUUGUGGAUCCAUUGGAGCGGUAUGCUGGCCCAGCUGCGGACGGGAUCGUUGGCUGGUUGUAGUGCUCGGUGUGUUUAGCUUCCUGGGACAGAUCCUGCUCACGCUAUCCCUGCAGAUCGAGCAGGCCGGACCGGUGGCCAUUGCACGCUGCGCGGAUAUCGUCUUCGCCUUCGUCUGGCAGAUGCUCUUCUUCGGCGAGGCACCCACUGCCUACUCCCUGGUGGGUGCCGUCAUGGUGAUGGGAUCCGUGGUCCUGACGGCUCUCAAGAAGUGGGCAGGCACCCUGCCACGCGAGUCCUCGCUGAGGAAGCGAUUCAGGCUCAUCCUGCUGGAAUAGAAAGAUUGCAAUCUAAUCAAAGAAGUUCGCGGUUUCUCCCCCGUCUUGCCAUCGUUCUCACCCAAUCCCUGCCAGCAUCAGAGGCAGGCAUCAAACCAGUUCACUCAUCGUAGACUUAACUUAUAUCAAGGCUCAGAUCGUAGUUUAAUCAAAGGAAAUCAGAAUGGACGCGUGAUAACCACUCCACUCAUAAGUAAAUACUCGUAGUGCGUGUUUAGUUUAGCCAAUUUCGCCGAUUUGUUGUUUUGUACAUUGUUAUACAUGCUUAAAAUACGAUAAUAAAUACAA